AGAGGCGCACGUGCUCGGUCCGGUCGCUUUAACGGCCGCAGGCCUCGUCCGUUCUUCCUGCGGUUCAGUCUCCAGGGCUGCGGCUGCGGCGGCGCAGGAAGACGACGAUGAGCAUCAGAGAGGCAGAGGCCCGUGCAGACGCCCCGCUGGACAUCAACCACUACUCCAUGAAGAAGAGCGCGGCUGAGAGCAUGCUGGACGUGGCGCUCCUCAUGGCCAGCGCGUCCCAGCUGAAGGCCGUGCUGGAGCAGGGCCCCGCCUCCCCCCUCUACGCCCCCGUCAUCGCCCUGAUCAGCAUCUCCCUCUGUCUGCAGGUCACAGUUGGGAUCCUGCUCAUCUUCAUCGUUCGAUGGAACCUCAACGAUGAACAAAAGCACUGGAGGCUGAACGCUGUGGAGAAUGUGGCCACGGGCCUGGUUUUCAUCAUCGUGGUGGUCAGCGUCCUCAUAACGGCCUUUGGAGUCCACGGGUCGAACCACAGCCACUGAGCACCCGCUGCGUGUGUGUGUGUGUGUGUGUGUGUGUGUGUGUGUGUGCGUGCGUGCGUGCGUGCGUGCGUGCGUGCGUGCGUGCGUGCGUGUUCUCACUGCAUCCGUGGAGUCAGCAGCUUCUGGUCCUGACCCCCCCCUGACCCACAAACACACUGCCCUCUGGGCCCACGCAGAAUCUUCCACCACAAAACCGUUUGUCUAGAACUCAUUGUCUGUGGAGAGAGAAACCGCUGCAGCCACAACUGUCUGGUGCGUAAACAACACAGCAUCUGUUGCUGGUGGACAAACAGGGACGUGAAUGAGCGACACGUGAUCUCGUCUGACGCUCAGGACCGCGACACUCACUGCCGUCGCUUCACGUGAGGCCUCGUGCUUCUGCAGGUCCACGCGGCUCUGACCCGGGUCCGGCCUCACCGGGACCCAGACAGCGGUCUUCCACCACAAGCGUCGCGCCUAACGCUCAAUUACAACAGUGUUUGCUUGUGCCCGGACUCCACGGACUCGUGUCUGUGGCUUCUUCGGCACCAGCAGCUGGUGAGUCAGUGUCGACACAGCGCAGACCCCAGCAGAACCGCUUGUUAGGACGGACGCCUUAAUUAGACCUUGUUUCAGCUUGUCACUGAAACCCCAAUUACAGUCCAAGCAAAUCCUGCUUUAUUCACUUCACAGGCUGAAGAUGAGGAUGACAGCGGCCUGUUUCACUCCAUUACCUGCUAAAUGGCUGAACAUAAUCAGGAUGUUCACGCUCAUAUGUGGAAUUCCUUUAAUGCGAUUGUGACCAAAGCUCUUUUAUAGACGAGCCAACGUCACAGUCUCAUCCUUUUCCUCCUCCACAACUAUCGCUGGUAACCGUGGAAACAGAGACGGGAGCCAGAUUGAUGACACACAGCUCCUCUCUGGGCAGAUCUGUAAAGUGAUAAACAUAAUAAAUGUCUGUUGUUCCCAAA